AUGAAGGAUCUUCCCGGCUCAGCUCCGGGAAAGCCGGUUCUGCCAUCGUUAUGGACUGAGAAUCUUACCAUCGCAUUCCUAAAUCGUCUUCCAAACCGCUACCACGUUGGCCGACGACGUGCCCGGUCAAAGUCAAAGACAACUCACCCGGGCGCAGAAGAUAUCACCACCCUACGAACCUCUUUCAAUUUCUGGGAUGGCCUGCGGGAUCUGCAACGGCACAAGUGGCGCGCAUCAGACUUGCAAUACAUCUUUCUCGCCGGAUUGACCCUCUUUUCCCUCUGGAUAGCUCCUCCCGCUCCCGCUCUGAAAUUUUUUGCUCUGGUCGGCGCUUCUUGGAUAUUUCUCAUGCCGGCGACUCGACAGUUCUUCUUGCCCGCUGUGACGAUAUGGGUUUGGCUUGUCUACUUCUUCUGCAGUCGCUUCAUCCCAUACGAUUACAGACCCCAUAUCUGGGUUCGAGUGCUCCCAGCUCUCGAGAAUGUACUGUACGGCGCCAAUCUGUCCAACAUCCUCUCUGCCCACAAGCACGCCAUUCUUGACAUCCUGGCUUGGCUUCCAUACGGCAUCAUUCACUUCGGGGCUCCUGCCGUGUGCUCCCUCCUCAUGUUCAUCUUCGCCGCGCCUGGAACGACCCCAGUGUUCGCACGCACCUUUGGUUGGAUGAGCAUACUCGGUGUAACUAUUCAACUCGUGUUCCCUUGCACACCGCCUUGGUACGAAAAUGAACAUGGUCUAGUACCAGCCGCCUACGGAAUGGAAGGCUCGCCUGCUGGUCUUGCUCGCGUUGACAAGAUCUUCAAUAUUGACCUCUAUACGACCAACUUCACAAACGCACCUCUACCAUUCGGCGCAUUCCCUUCGCUGCAUGGAGGUUACGCCGUGCUGGAAGCUCUCUUCAUGAGCCACUGCUUCCCUCAGUUCCGCAUGUUCUUCAUUGGCUAUGUCGGCUGGAUCUGGUGGUCUACCAUGUACCUCAGCCAUCACUACGCCAUUGAUCUUGUUGGCGGAGGACUUAUUGCAGCUGGGUUCUUUUACUCGGUCCGAGCUCGCUACUUGCCUCAGCGCCAGGCUGACAAGAUCACGCGAUGGGAAUACGAAUAUGUCGAAAUCGGAGAUCGCCACCGCGUUGCGGACGAGGAAUACGGACAGGAAUACUUCAGUCUCGGAUUGCUUGAUCAACGUCGAGAAAACUCGAGCGAUGGUUGGACGCUAGGAAGCAGUUCCAGCUGUAGCUCUAGCAGUGGCACUCUGAGCCCAACAAUCUCUGAGGACACUGUCCCAGGCAUGAUGGUCAUGGACAUGGCAAGUAAUGGCCAAAUAUGGGACGGCACCGCGCCUCCCCGAGACGUCGAAUUAAGCGAAGUCGUAGUUGUCCGACAACAGCAGAAUUAG